GAGGCUGCGAGUGGCUGUAAAAAGGGAGCCGAGCGGAGUUGAACGUUUCUCUCGGCGCACAUCUGCCGCUUUCCGAAGGAUCCCGUCCGGUGACUCUUCAGCGUCCUCAGAACGAUCCCGGGACCUUUUCCUCCGUGGACGGAACCCGCAACAUUACAACGAUCCGAGUUUUACAGAUGAGAGGAGAGGAGAUGCUCUGCGACUGCUUACGGGAGCAGAUGCAGUACAUGAUGAGGUCACUGCAAGACCUGAAACAUCUGCGUAAAGCCUGCCCCGCUGCCAGACGCCCCCUCAGCACCCAGCUGCCAGCUUUAGCGCACCACUCUGCGUUGGCACGUGCCUGUCAGCAGCGAGCACUGCAGCGAGAGCAUCGCGCUCGCCUGCGGAUGUCCGACGCCAGCACGGCCAGCACUUACGACUCGGCGUGCUGCCUGGCGAGUCACCUCGAGGAGGAUGAGGACAGCGUGAGCCGCCGGCUGGAGUCCCCCAGCAGUCAGAAAAGUUUUGAGUUUGACUCGGGUUACUCCGAGGCGUCGUGGCAGGACGAAGGGGUGGUUCUCAGGAGGACGCGCAAUGUGCGGGUGUCAUCUUCGGCCUGCCUGCGCACCAACAGAGCACCGAGUGGACGCAUUCGACCCAAAUCCACGUCCGACGCCUGCCUGGAGAGGUGGACGUCGUUUGAGGUCGGCGACCCGGAGGACUGGACCAACUCUCUGUUGACCAGAGGACGCAACCGCCAACCUCUGGUGCUGGGUGACAACAGCUUUGCAGACCUCAUACAGAACUGGAUGGACUUGCCAGAUUGUCCCGAGCCCAAAGAGCUGAAACAAAGUUCAAGGAGUAGACAGGGAGGUUUCUUCGUCAACAUGAGGAGGAAACUGGCUGGGUUUUCCAGGAGUGUGGAGGACAAGGUGAAGAUGAGAUCUACAGACCCUGAUCACAUUAACAGAACUGCAAAUGCCCCAAAACGUCUGUCCUGUCCAGUGGUGGCGUCGACGCCAAAAGUCCCCUUUUUCCACCAGUCUUACUCCGGCAUCAAUGAGAUUGACAAUGAUUUUUACCACUUUGCUGCCCUCCUGAAGUCCCGCAGCCGACAGCCCAUAAUCUGCCAAGACAUCAUUGGCCAUGUGUGACAGAAAGCCACGUAGAGACUGGACAAUCCUCAAAGUCACUUUGUUUUUUCACCUAUUUUAUGCUGUGACUAAUGGAAAUAAAGAUGUUUCUCAUAACUUAAA